CGCCUUGUCCAUCGCAGCCAUGGCCUCUUUCUCGGCCCUUCUUCUCCCCUCAGAGAAUAAAAAUGGGGAGGAGAAAUUUAAAGAUUUCUGCGCUGUUAAUCCACACAGAAAUUCUUAGAGCAUCAUAAUGUUUGGAUUCACCAGUACUUAGAUGAGUGUUUUCUUUCUUUUUCUUGAUAAAAUUCAUGCGUCAUUGUUUUAUCCUUGGGUGAUUUUCUUCUUAAAAUAAGCUAUGUGUGUGUGUGUGUAGCUCAAAGCUUUGCCAAGAGAGCAUGGUGCAAUCAUUAUAUGAUAUCCAAACACAAGAUCCCAAGUUUUGAAAUCUGCUGCUUGGCUUCAGAGCCUGGAUAUAAAGCUGUCAGGAUGAGAAAUUGCAGAGAGGAUGCCGAUCUAAUUAGUCGGAGGAGUGCAAUUGGAUUGGUUUUGGUGAUGUCUGCCUUCGGUUUAGCUACCACCAAAUCCAAUGGAGCUGGCUUGCCGCCAGAGCAAAAGCCCAGAUUAUGUGAUGAUGUUUGUGAAAAGGAGCUUGAAAAUGUACCUAUGGUAACUACAGAAUCUGGUUUGCAGUACAAGGAUAUUAAAAUUGGCAAAGGUCCAAGUCCACCUGUUGGUUUUCAGGUUGCUGCAAACUACGUUGCCAUGGUACAAUCUGGACAAAUAUUCGACAGCUCCCUGGAGAAAGGCCAACCAUAUAUUUUCCGCAUUGGUUCCGGUCAGGUGAUCAAAGGACUUGAUGAAGGGAUAUUGAGCAUGAAAGUUGGAGGAAAGCGCCGGCUAUAUAUACCUGGCUCUCUAGCAUUCCCUAAAGGUCUUAAUUCAGCACCAGGAAGGCCACGAGUAGCCCCGAACAGCCCUGUAGUUUUUGACGUCAGUUUGGAGUAUGUACCGGGCCUUGAAGCUGAUGAGUAAAUGCAAUUCUUCACAUUUAUUUACUUUUCAGAAGGAAAUGUAGAAGGAUGGGUGAAAAAGAAAAAAUGGUCGAUGCCUACAGAAUUCUCAAAUUCUCUCUUAUUUAUUCAAAAAAAUUGAACUCAAUUUUCGUUGACCUAAUUCCGAACACAAAGCUUGACUCUGGUUUCCUUUUC